AUGGAUAGUGCGAAAAAAGGUGGGGAAAUCGAAGAGAAAUUAUUCGCAGAGGUCAAAGCGAUCGUCAACUACAUUUUCACGGAAUUCAAACACACAGUAGAGGCAAUUCGUGUCAUCAUCACAAACAGGAAAGGCUCAAAGCGUGUAGCUUCGGAAUCAAAUCGAGAGUAUGCAUCGGAGUCGUCCAAGGAAGAGAAGGACGAUAGUGAACCUCAUUGCAUCAUUUCGAUUUGUGAAAACCGGGCUCAUGAGAUUGGAGUCGCAGAAAUUGACCUCAAUCGGCUCCACACCUUCGAACUCACCCAGUUUUCCGACUCCUCUUCCUAUUCUCUGAUCUCUUCUCACAUUCUACAACGCAAAUACCAAGUGGUUCUGUUCCCCAACAGCCAGAAAAACUCCCAUCUCUACAAGACCUUGGAAUCCACCCUCGCAAACCAUUCCGACUACCAGCUCCUGCCCGUGGCUCGCAAAUACUACGACGAAACCGAGGGGCAGAAGCAGAUUAGCGAGUUAAUGGUUGUCUGGUGUCGGAUGUGUCUCACAGACAGAGUCCCACGAGUUCAUUCACUCUGGAAAACGACAUGGAGAAGAAAUACCUCGCGCUCGCAGCCGCUUUCACAAAGGGGAUCCUCCUCCACGCAAACAGCGUUCUUGUCGAGUGGAAAAGUCGCUUCUUUCCGCACCCUGCACUCUCUAGACCUGCUCAACACGCUCCAUCUGAGCUUCGCCACGAUCUCGCAGCUCGAACUGCUGUUCAAUCGCAAGACGCAGUCCACGAAAGGCUCGGUCUUCGAAUCGAUCAAUCGCACCGUGACGCCUGGAGGCAAGCAGAUGCUCCGAAGCUGGCUGCAAAGCCCGUCCGCCGAAGAAGCGACGAUCAACGGGCGACUGGACGUUGUGGAGGAGUUGCUGCGAAGUCCGGAGAAGCGAUCGAUGCUUCGCGAGCUGCUGCAGCUCUACGGAAACGUGGACGGCGUGCUCUCCAAUCUGGUGAAUAAGAGCUCGGAGAGUUCGGUGCGCGCUUCUGUGCGAUUGGUGAAGAGCUAUCUGCAGCUGAUUCGCAACUGCGAGCUCGUAGUUGAGGGAUUGCAAUCGAUGAGGCGAAGAUGGGUCAGCUGA